UUAUUAGUCACCUCCGCACACUUUCGUCUCUCCCCUUCCCUCCCGGCCCAACCCCACCUCCUCUCUCUCUCCCCCUCUCCCCCCUCCAUCCUCUUUUCGAUCUUCUCCCGUAUCCUUGGACUUCACUUCUCCUUCUCUGUCCUCUAAAAAUCAAAAUCUUUGCUUUGGCUGGAUCGAUCGAUCUAUCGAUCGAUGGGGGUGUUCUCGAAACGGGAGUAUCAGUUUCUCUCCGAGCUCGGCCUCGGUCCUCGCAACCCCGGCUGCUGCGUGAAUGGCUCGUGGAAAGGCAGCGGCCCCGUGGUCGCCUCCCACAACCCCGCCAACAACCAGGUCAUUGCCGAGGUGGUGGAGGCAUCGAUGCAAGAGUACGAGACGGGGAUGCAGGCUUGCAUGGAUGCUGCCAAGAUAUGGAUGCAGAUUUCAGCUCCAAAGAGGGGAGAAAUUGUUCGACAAAUUGGUGAAGCAUUGAGAGCAAAACUCCAACUUCUUGGUAGGCUUGUGUCACUUGAGAUGGGAAAAAUACUUCCUGAAGGGAUAGGGGAAGUUCAGGAAGUCAUUGACAUGUGUGAUUAUGCUGUUGGGUUAAGCCGUCAGCUAAAUGGAUCAAUCAUACCAUCCGAACGUCCGAAUCAUAUGAUGAUGGAGGUGUGGAAUCCUCUUGGAGUAGUAGGUGUCAUUACAGCUUUCAACUUUCCUUGUGCAGUCCUUGGUUGGAACGCCUGCAUUGCACUAGUCUGUGGAAACUGUGUUGUUUGGAAAGGUGCACCAACAACCCCAUUAAUAACGAUUGCAAUGACUGAAAUAGUUGCUGGAGUUUUGAAGAAGAACGAUUUGCCAGGUGCAAUUUUCACAGCAUUUUGUGGAGGCGCUGAAAUUGGUCAAGCAAUAGCUUGUGAUACGAGGAUACCGCUUGUCUCAUUUACUGGAAGUACAAAGGUUGGUAUUGCAGUUCAACAGAAAGUUUAUGAGAGAUUUGGUAAAUGUCUGCUUGAACUUAGUGGAAAUAAUGCUAUAAUUGUCAUGGACGAUGCCGACAUCCAGCUUGCUGUUCGUUCUGUUCUGUUUGCUGCUGUUGGUACAGCUGGACAACGCUGCACUACAUGUCGUAGGCUGCUUCUUCAUGAACGUAUAUAUCAAACUGUACUUGAUCAACUGGUGGAAGUAUACAAACAAGUGAAAAUUGGGGAUCCAUUAGAGAAAGGCACCUUACUGGGGCCGUUACAUACUCCUGCUUCAAAGGAGAACUUUGUGAAAGGCAUUGAAGUGAUCAAAGCUCAGGGAGGAAAGAUUCUUACUGGAGGAUCUGUCAUAGAAUCUGUGGGAAACUUUGUGCAACCAACUAUUGUUGAGAUUUCUCCAAGUGCACAAGUUGUUAAAGAGGAGUUGUUUGGUCCUGUCCUAUAUGUGAUGAAGUUUCAGACUCUAAAAGAAGCAAUUGAAAUAAACAACUCUGUACGUCAAGGGUUAAGCAGCUCUAUAUUCACACGCCGACCAGAAGUUAUUUUUAAGUGGAUUGGGCCACAUGGCAGUGACUGUGGGAUAGUGAAUGUAAAUAUACCUACCAAUGGUGCUGAAAUUGGCGGAGCUUUUGGUGGUGAAAAGGCCACUGGUGGUGGCCGAGAAGCAGGAAGUGAUUCCUGGAAGCAGUACAUGCGGCGUGCCACUUGCACAAUCAACUAUGGGAGUGAAUUGCCUCUAGCGCAAGGAAUAAAUUUUGGCUAGUUUCUAACAUGGUAUUCUCUUAUCUUUUUGCUUUCACCUGGAAGAAGUAUUUCAGUUUCAGUUGUCAGAUCAAACUUCUUCUUUUCAACUGCAGCAAAAUCUCCAUUAUAUAUGUAAAGCUUUGAUGCUGAAACUGGGAUUGAUAAAAUAGCAUCAAAACCCAUAAAUAAGAAGUUUAGUUUUCUGCUGGCAGUACCCUUGCUCUAGAUUAAGCACCUCUUGCGCCAGUUGUUUGACAGCCUUCUUAGCUGUUACCAAGUGAAUUCAUUAAUGUUUUUCUGUUGCUGGGUGCACGGGAUUAGUGUCAAGCUUCCUAAUUCUAAAUUGUGAAUCUGCGAUCC